AUGAGACCAUGUUCAUUGCCGACACGGUCAUGGCGACGCUGCUUCCACGACUACUUUGUCACGCACCUGCCGCAAUCGUCGCUGCACCCGGACUCGAACCACAAACUCCCUCGCGACGUCGCCGCCCCUCACGACAAGCCGUCCGGUAGACAGCCCGCCAUCCUAUCCGCCGUCCGCCGCGAUACCACCGUCGUGCGCAUCCCCCUAAAGUCGGCAAAACACCACUAUGGAGCCACUUGCUUGCGAGGAGGUCGCCAGCACAAUGAAGAUACGCAUCAAGCCGGCACCAUCGAGAUACCCGCCUUCGCCAAACGUCAGCCUGUCAGCUUGACCCGCGUAAACAAGCAGUUACAAGAGACUGGUGCUGCCAGUGAAAGCGGCGACCCUCAGGUCUUCUAUUUUGGUGUCUUCGAUGGCCAUGGCGGUGCUCAAUGUGCAGAGUUCUUGAGAGACCGACUACACACCUAUCUGGAAGACUCGGCCCUUAAGUUUCACAUGGAAAGUAGUCUUCAAGAGCCGAAAGAGAGCGACAGUGGCCACAAGCAACUUCUUGACCUGCAACGCAACCUGGUCAACACCUGGAAAGAUACGGUGGGCGGCUAUUUUCGACGCUUCCGACCUCAGUACUUCAGCAUCUUCAAGCCAACGGCCAGCACAGAUGAGCAGCCCACUGCUGUCAACUCAAUCCAAGCUACCUUGAUGUAUGCUUUCCUGCACGCCGACAUGGACUUUACUGCAGCCCAGGCUUCUAAGCAUUCGCCCUCUCUCCCUGCUUCUACCGAUGAUCCAGUUCUGAGCGACAGACCUCUAAACGACAACGACAUUCUCUCCUCUCCCGCCAGACCUGCCUCACAAAAUCUUUCCAACGUCCUCAACCGCCCCAUAGGUGGACAUACCCGCUUUCAGGGCGGUUCCACAGCCUCAAUAGCCCUGAUCUCCACGCCAACACCUACUCCCUUCUGGAACCCAGCAUCUCCAGCCACAAUUGUGACAGCACACUGCGGAGACACUCGUAUCUUGCUCUGUCGUGUUAGCGAUGGCAAAGCCGUACCACUCACUACGAACCACCAUCCGUCCACUCCCGUCGAAGCAACUCGUCUCCGUCGUUUUGCCGCAACCUUCGUGACGGACAGUUUCGGCGAGGAGCGUAUCCUUGGCCUUGCAAACACCAGAUCAUUUGGCGAUAUCAGCUCCAAACGCAUAGGUGUAUCCGCAGAACCAGAAAUCCGCAUGACCCACAUGGACCCCAGUGAGUACAGCUUCCUGGUUCUCAUCUCGGAUGGUGUGACAGCAUCGCUCGAGGACCAAGAAAUUGUCGACAUUGUCAAAGAAGCAAAGACACCUGAAGCCGCUUCCAAAGAAUUGGCCACAUUUGCGACCGAAGUUGCUGGCGUCAGAUCUGACAAUGCUACUGCUGUUGUCGUGCGCCUCGGUGGCUGGGAGCGUAGGGUAGAGGGCGGUGGCGGCAGUAUCGGAACCAAGGAGGCGCGAGACUGGAAANAGGUACAAGCCGAUGAUCCCAGAGCAAGUAGGCAGUAG